AUGUUUAAAGUGGAGGGGACUCCCGUGGAAUUCGAGGUCGAUACGGGAGCUGUUUAUUCGGCCUUACAAGCCCCCUUAGGGGCCCUUUCAACUAAGAAAUCAUUAGUUCAAGGGGCUAACGGGAGCAAAUAUCGCUCGUGGACCACUGAGCGCACAGUUGACUUAGGCAAGGGAAAAGUAAAACACUCCUUUCUGGUUAUUCCCGAAUGUCCUGCUCCCCUCCUGGGACGGGACUUAUUAACCAAACUGGGGGCAAAGAUUUCCUUUGAGCCCCAAGGACCUCAAGUGACAUUCCGUAACCCAAAGGUUGGGCAACCUAUGGUUACGGUGUUAUCCCUAAAACUGGAAGAUGAAUAUAGGCUCUACGACCACCAGGAUCCCCAGCCUAUCGCCCCAGCCUGGUUAACUGAUUUUAAAGAAUCCUGGGCCGAGACGGCUGGACUCGGGCUGGCAAGCCAGCAACCGCCUGUAGUGGUUACUUUAAAAACCACUGCCUCCCCUAUUCGGGUCAAGCAAUAUCCCAUUAAUAGAGAAGCUCACCUAGGGAUUAAGGUGCACAUACAGAGACUUUUAGACCAAGGGGUAUUAACUCCUUGUCGGUCUGCAUGGAAUACUCCGUUACUCCCGGUCAAAAAGCCCGGGACGAAUGACUACAGACCGGUACAGGACCUAAGGGAGGUCAAUAGCAGGGUAGAAGACAUUCACCCCACCGUACCCAAUCCCUAUAAUCUCCUCAGCGGGUUAAAUCCGUCAAGGACUUGGUAUACUGUUCUGGAUUUAAAGGAUGCCUUUUUCUGUUUGCCUUUACACAAAGAUAGCCAGCCCUUAUUUGCAUUUGAAUGGACGGACCCUGAGACUGGGUCCGCCGGACAACUAACCUGGACGCGCCUCCCACAGGGCUUCAAAAACAGCCCAACCAUCUUUGAUGAAGCCCUACAUAAGGAUUUAGCCCCCUUUCGGGCUCAACACCCAAGCCUCACCCUUCUUCAAUAUGUAGAUGACUUGCUGCUGGCUGCGGACUCUGAGGGUGACUGCACAAGCGGAACUCAGGACCUUUUACGUGAGUUGGCUAUCCUGGGGUAUAGGGCAUCAGCAAAAAAGGCUCAAAUUUGUAAGCGAGAGGUAAUUUUUCUGGGCUACUCCUUAAAAGGAGGACAAAGGUGGCUCACUGAGGCCAGAAAACAGACUGUGGUCCAGAUUCCCCCUCCAAAGAGUCAAAAACAAUUACGAGAGUUCCUGGGCACUGCGGGGUUCUGCCGGUUAUGGAUCCCCGGAUUCGCAACUUUGGCAGCUCCCCUAUAUCCGUUACUGAAGGGGGGAUCUCCCUUUAUCUGGAAAAAAGAUCACCAGCAGGCCUUUGAUGCCAUCAAGCGGGCUCUCCUGUCCGCUCCGGCCCUGGCUCUUCCUAAUGUGGAUAAGCCCUUUACUCUCUUCAUGGAAGAAAAAAAAGGAAUGGCGAGAGGAGUGCUGACCCAGGCCUUUGGGCCAUGGAGGCGUCCGGUGGCUUACCUCUCAAAAAGACUGGACACUGUGGCAAGCGGGUGGCCACCCUGCCUAAAGGCCAUCGCAGCAGCUGCCUUGCUCAUUAAAGACGCUGACAAAUUGACUUUGGGACAGAAAAUAACAAUCAUUGCCCCGCACAUGCUAGAAAGCAUCAUCCGCCAGCCUCCAGACAGGUGGCUCUCAAAUGCCAGAGUUACUCAUUAUCAGAGCCUCUUGCUCAACAAGGACAAGAUAACUUUUGGACCCCCGGUGACUCUCAACCCGGCGACUCUGCUGCCGGAAGAAGCUUCGGAACCCGUCCUCCAUACCUGCCAGGACGUCUUGGCAGAAGAGGCCGGAGUACGACCGGACUUAUUGGAUUGCCCCCUACCCAAUGCAGAGGUGACCUACUUCACUGACGGGAGUAGCUUUUUGAUUCAAGGUAAGCGGUAUGCGGGGGCGGCUGUGACUGAUUAUUCCAAUGUUAUAUAGACAGCCAGACUAGAGGACGGGUCCUCGGCCCAAAAGGCCGAACUGAUUGCUUUGACUAAGGCUCUGGAGCUCGCUAAAGGAAAGCGAGCGAACAUUUACACGGAUAGCCGAUAUGCUUUUGCAACGGCCCACAUCCACGGGGCCAUAUACCGCCAGCGGGGGCUUCUGACCUCCGCAGGAAAAGAAAUAAAACACAAACAGGAAAUCCUCCAGUUGCUCGCUGCAGUUAUGUUGCCCCGGAAGGUGGCGAUAAUACACUGUAACAGCCACCAGAAAGGGACUGAUCCCGUCACAAGGGGAAACAACCUGGCCGAUCAGGCAGCAAAAUCUGCAGCCUUGGGAGACUCACAGAUGUUGGUGACUGAUGUCAAAGAUUCUCCUCAAAAGGAGAAAGCUCAGAUUAACCAAACCCCUGAAACACCUGAUUUGACUGCUUACAUACAACAGGCCCACCGGCUCACUCAUUUGGGAGCUAAAAAGCUAAGCCUACUGGCCCAACGCCAAGACUUCCCAGGGGCAUCCCCCACUGCCAUACGUCAGGUCGCCAAUCGGGUGGUGGCUAAUUGUGAGGCAUGUCAAUUGACCAAUGCCUACCCUGCCAAGCUGGCCCCCGGCAAAAGGCUACACGGCACCAGACCUGGACAAUACUGGGAAGUGGACUUUACAGAAGUUAAGCCUGCCCGAUGCGGACUAAAAUAUCUGCUAGUUUUUGUAGACACCUUUUCUGGAUGGACUGAGGCUUUUCCUACCAAAAAGGAAACCGCUGCCGUGGUAACUAAAAAAUUGAUGGAAGAAAUAUUUCCCCGAUUCGGAUUGCCAAAGGUAAUAGGGUCUGAUAAUGGACCGGCGUUUGUGGCUAAGGCUCAUCGCCCUUGACAACCUGCAGAGGGACGUGUGGACGCAGCUAGCCUCGGCCUAUGCUCCCAGUGAGUUCCCCGCGCCACAUCCGUACCAGGUGGGAGACUUUGUGUUCGUCCGGCGCCACCAACAAGAGACUCUACAGCCUCGCUGGAAAGGACCGUACCAGGUCCUAUUGACUACUCCUACAGCGGUAAAGGUUGACGGAGUCGCCUCUUGGAUCCACGCGUCACACCUAAAGCCUGCCUCGGCACCAGUGGACGGCUCCUGGGAACUCAAACGGUCUGAUAACCCCCUGAAGCUAAAGUUGCGCCGAAGGACCCCCUGAGAUUAUUCAGAGUACUACCCUUAUGUGUCCCUCUAAGAUGACCCGUAUGGGACCCCAGACUUUAACCCUCCGGGCUCUAAUGGGAUUACUUAUAUUAAUAAUCCCCACUGUAGCUAGCCCCCAUCGCCCCUGGAAAUGGUCGUUAAUACGAUGGGGGGACUCACGUGUGGGUAGCACCUGGGAAGGAUCAGGAAGUCCAUGGUUUGCGCCCACACCCUGU